AUGUCAGAAAUUGAUAAAUUAGCUAUUUCAACUAUUAGAUUAUUAUCUGUUGAUCAAGUGGAUGCUGCUCAAGCUGGUCAUCCAGGUAUGCCUUUAGGUAUGGCUCCAGCAGCUCAUGUAGUUUUCCAAAAUAUGAAAUUCAAUCCGAAAGAUCCAAAUUGGAUUAAUAGAGAUAGAUUCGUUUUGUCUAAUGGUCAUGGUUGUGCUUUAUUAUAUUCAAUGCUUUUCUUAUAUGGUUAUGAUUAUACCAUUGAUGAUUUAAAGAAAUUCAGAUCAUUAAAUUCAAAGACUCCUGGACAUCCAGAAAAGGGUCAUUGUCCAGGGGUUGAAGUUACCACUGGUCCUUUAGGUCAAGGUAUUUCAAAUGCUGUAGGUAUGGCAAUUGCUCAAAAACAAUUUGCUGCUACUUAUAAUACUGAAGAUCUCAAAGUUUCUGAUAGUUUUGUUUAUUGUUUCCUCGGUGAUGGUUGUCUUAUGGAAGGUAUUUCAUCUGAAGCCAGUUCAUUAGCAGGUCAUUUGAAAUUAAACAACUUAAUUGCAUUCUGGGAUGAUAAUAAGAUCUCUAUUGAUGGUUCUACUGAUGUUGCUUUCUCAGAAGAUGUUUUAGCCAGAUAUAAAGCUUAUGGUUGGAACAUUUUCCAUGUUGAACGUGGUGAUGAAGAUUUAGAUACUAUUAAAGAUGUUAUUGAACAAGCUAAAAAAUCAGAUAAACCUUCUUUGAUUCAAUUGGUCACAACUAUUGGUUAUGGUUCCCUUUUAGCUGGUACUCAUGGAGUUCAUGGAGCUGCUUUGAAAGCUGAUGAUGUUAAACAAUUAAGAUCCAGAUUUGGUUUCGAUCCUGAAAAAUCUUUCCAAAUUCCUUCUGAAGUUACUGAUUAUUAUAAAAAGCAUGUUGAAGAUAAUGAAAAAGUUUAUAAUGAUUGGCAAGAUAUUUACAAGAAAUAUGUUGGAUCAGCUAAACUUGGUAAAGAAUUAGAAAGACGUUUGAAAGGUGAAUUACCUGAAAACUGGGAAUCUAAAUUACCAACUUAUACUAAAGAUGAUAAGAAAUUAGCUACUAGACAAUGUUCAGGUAAUACUUUAGAUGCAAUUUUUGAAACCUUACCUGAAGUUCUUGGAGGUUCAGCUGAUUUAACCCCUUCUAACAACACUAGAACUACAGGUGUUGAAGAUUUCCAAGACCCUGAAACCAAAUUAGGUUCUUAUGCUGGUAGAUAUGUUAGAUAUGGUGUUAGAGAACAUGGUAUGGGAGCUAUUAUGAAUGGUAUUUCUGCCUUCGGUGCCAAUUAUAAAGUUUAUGGUGGUACUUUCUUAAACUUCGUUUCCUACGCUGCCGGAGCUGUUAGAUUAGCAGCUAUCUCCCAUCAUCCAAUUACUUGGGUAGCUACUCAUGAUUCUAUUGGUUUAGGUGAAGAUGGUCCAACCCAUCAACCUAUUGAAACUUUAGCCCAUUUUAGAGCUAUCCCUAAUUUAUCUGUGUGGAGACCUGCUGAUGGUAAUGAAACUUCAGCUGCUUAUAAAUCAGCUAUUGAAUCAACUGAAACUCCACAUAUCUUAGCUUUGAGUAGACAAGGUUUAAGUCAAUUAGAAGGAUCUUCCAUUGAAAAUGCUUCUAAAGGUGGUUAUAUCUUAGUUUGUGAUGCCUCUGAUGGUCAUCCAGAUAUCAUUCUUGUAUCCACUGGAUCUGAAGUUGAAAUCUGUUUGGAAGCUAAGAAGAAAUUAAAUACUGCCGGUCAUAAAGUUAGAGUUGUUUCUAUGCCAUCAACUGAUACCUUUGAUAACCAAUCAUCAGAUUAUAAAUUAUCUGUCUUACCUGAUGGAUCUCCAGUUAUGUCAGUUGAAGUAUUAUCACCAUUCGGAUGGUCAAGUUAUUCUCAUGAACAAUUUGGAAUGAAAAGAUUCGGUGCAUCAGGAAAAGCUCCUGAUAUUUAUAAAGAAGUUGAAUUCACUCCUGAUGGAAUUGCUUCCAGAGGUUUAAAGACCAUCAAUUUCUAUAAAGGUAAAGAUUUAUUAUCACCAUUACAUGAUGCUUUUUAA